AUGAAGGAAGUGGUAGUGGAUAUCACGCCCAAGAGGAUCCAGGGUAUCGAGUUCGGAGCGCUCUCGGCAAAGGAGAUCAUUGCGCAGUCCGAGGUUGAGGUCAAAACCAGAGACCUCUAUGACUUGGAAAAGGGCAGAACCGUCAAGGAAUUUGGUGCCCUAGACACCAAAAUGGGAAUCAGUGCCAAUUCUAGUGAGUGCUCUACUUGCCACGGUAACCUCGCCCUGUGCCACGGACAUUUCGGCCACAUUCGCCUCGCGUUGCCGGUGUUUCACGUGGGUUAUUUUAAGGCCAUCAUCCAGAUCCUCCAGUGCAUCUGUAAGAAUUGUGGGCACAUUUUACUCGACGAACAGACCAAAAGAAAGUACUUGGCCGACUUGCGGCGCCCAUACAUUGACAAUUUGCGGCGAAUGAAGAUCUUGAAAAGCGUGGUGGAUCAGUGUAAGAAACAGAGACGAUGCUUUAAAUGUACCCACGUCAACGGAGUCGUGAAAAAGGCUGCUAGCGGUGCUGGGCCCGCCGCCUUGAAGAUCGUCCACGAUACUUUCCGGUGGGUGGGCAAGAAACCCACCCCCGAGAAGGAGGUGUGGGACCUGGAGAUUGAGCAAGUGUUGACCAGAAACCCCGAGCUUGAAAAAUUCACAAAGAGAAUGUACGAAGAUUUGAACCCGUUAAAGGUGUUACAUCUCUUCAAGCAGAUCACCCCCGACGAAUGCGAGUUGUUUGGUCUUGAUCCGUCCAGAGGUGGUCGACCUGAAACGUAUAUCUGGAGAUACUUACCAGCACCUCCAGUGUGUAUCAGACCGUCGGUGAUGAUGGAUGCACAGUCCAACGAAGACGACUUGACGGUUAAGUUGACGGAAAUAGUAUGGACGUCAUCGUUGAUCAAGGCAGGUAUCGAUAAGGGUAUCUCCAUCAAUAACUUGAUGGAGCAGUGGGACUACUUGCAAUUGCUGGUUGCAAUGUAUAUCAACUCAGAUGCAGCGAACCCAGCGUUGAUGCCGUCUGCUGGGUCGGGGUCCAAGUCGACCAAGCCCAUACGAGGCUUCUGCCAGCGGUUAAAGGGGAAACAGGGGAGAUUUAGAGGAAAUCUUUCGGGGAAAAGAGUGGAUUUUUCAGGUAGAACCGUCAUUUCACCUGAUCCCAACUUGAAAAUCGACGAGGUGGCUGUACCUGAUCGGGUGGCUAAGAUCUUGACGUACCCAGAGAAGUGCACCCGGUAUAAUCGGAUUAAGUUGCAAAAGUUGAUUCUCAGUGGUCCAGAUGUGCACCCGGGUGCAAACUAUGUGUUGAAGCAGAAUGAAAACACAAAGAGAAACUUGCGGUUUGGUGACCGAGUUAAAAUCGCCAAAAAUUUGCAUAUCGGAGAUGUGGUCGAGAGACACAUUGAAGACGGAGAUGUGGUGUUGUUCAAUCGACAACCCUCUUUACAUAGGCUAUCGAUUUUGUCGCACUACGCCAAAAUCAGACCUUGGAGAACCUUCCGGUUGAACGAAUGUGUAUGUACUCCCUACAACGCCGAUUUCGAUGGAGACGAAAUGAACUUGCAUGUACCUCAGACUGAAGAAGCCCGGGCGGAGGCCAUCAACUUGAUGGGCGUGAAAAACAAUUUAUUGACGCCAAAAUCCGGUGAGCCUAUUAUUGCAGCCACUCAGGAUUUCAUUACCGGCUCGUACUUGAUAACUCAUAAGGACUCAUUUUUUGAAAGAGCUUCGGUCAACCAGCUUUUGUGUAUGAUGUCGGAUGCCAAUCUCCAGUUUGAUUUGCCUCCUCCUGCCAUCAUCAAACCGGUUCUGUUGUGGACGGGAAAACAAGUUUUUUCGUUGCUCAUCAAACCAAAUAAAGCCUCCAACGUGGUGAUCAAUUUGGAUGCAAAAGCAAAAACAUAUAUCCCUCCAGAAAGGCAUUUCGCCAACGAAAUGUCUCCGAACGACGGGUAUGUGAUCAUCAGAGGCUCUCAGAUCUUGUCUGGUGUCAUGGACAAAUCCACUCUUGGAGACGGGAAGAAACACUCGGUUUUUUACACUAUUCUCAGAGACUACGGCCCUACUGAAGCUGCAGAAGCGAUGAACAGAAUGUCCAAGUUGUGUGCAAGGUACUUGGGAAACAGAGGAUUUUCCAUUGGUAUCAACGACGUGACUCCUGGGUCCGACUUGAAAAAUAAGAAGGAAUUGAUGGUGGAGCAGGCGUACUUGAAGUGUGACGAGUUGAUUGAUUUGUACAACAGAGGCAAGUUGGAAACCCAGCCGGGUUGUAAUGAAGAACAGACGUUGGAAGCCAAGAUCGGAGGGUUGUUAUCCAAGGUGAGAGAAGAAGUAGGGGAAGUGUGUAUCAAGGAGUUGGACUCUCUUAAUGCUCCUUUGAUCAUGGCCACCUGUGGGUCCAAGGGAUCCACCUUAAAUGUCUCCCAAAUGGUGGCUGUUGUAGGACAACAGAUUAUUUCUGGUAAUCGUGUUCCUGACGGGUUCCAAGACAGAUCGUUACCACAUUUCACCAAAAACUCCAAGACUCCCCAGUCCAAAGGGUUUGUGAGAAACUCGUUUUUCAGUGGAUUAACUCCUCCUGAGUUCUUGUUCCAUGCCAUUUCCGGUAGAGAAGGGUUGGUUGACACGGCUGUCAAGACCGCUGAAACCGGGUACAUGUCGAGAAGAUUAAUGAAGUCGUUGGAAGAUUUGUCUUCACAGUACGACAACACGGUUCGGAACUCCUCCAACGGAAUUGUACAGUUCACCUAUGGUGGUGACGGGUUGGAUCCUUUCGACAUGGAAGGAGACGCCAGACCCGUCAACUUUGUACGUCAAUGGGAUCACAGUUUCAACAUCACCUUCAGCAACCGUGAAAUGGGUUUACUCCCUUAUCAGGUUAUGGAGGAGGUGGAAAAGGUUUUGCAGCCAUUGGAAGACCGUUUGAUCAGAUACGAUAACUUGGGCCACCAAAUCAUCCUGAACCGUGAAGAGUAUAUCGACCAGAAUGAUGCCGAGAGAGAGUUCUACCAUUCGAUCAGAAGCUUUGUCGACAAAAAGGCCACCCAUUUGGCCAAAACCAGACAACUGAAGCACUUGAAACCCAAUUACACGCCUCCCACCGAUGGAGAAGUGUUUGUGGAGGAUAACCAAGACAGCUUGAAUGCGGUGGACCAGAUCUUGAAGAUCUCUGCCAAAUCCGUUGACACUUUCUUAAAGCAGUGCUUGUACAAAUACUCCAGAGCAAAAGUCGAACCUGGAACCGCUGUGGGUGCCAUUGGUGCCCAGUCCAUUGGUGAACCUGGUACGCAGAUGACUUUGAAGACGUUUCAUUUUGCUGGGGUGGCUAGUAUGAAUGUGACGUUGGGAGUUCCUCGUAUCAAGGAAAUCAUCAACGCUUCCAAGGCGAUUUCCACCCCCAUCAUCAACUCGGUUCUCGUCAAUGAUGACGAUGAAAUCGCCGCCCGUGUUGUCAAGGGAAGAAUCGAAAAGACUUUGUUGAAAGACGUGGCGUUCCAUAUCCAAGACGUCUACAAAAACAAUAUGGCGUACUUGUCGGUGAAGAUCGACUUGAAAACCAUCGAGAAGUUGCAAUUGGAAUUGAACAUUGACUCCAUUGCCCAGGCCAUUGUCAAUGCUCCCAAGCUCAAGAUUCAGCCGGCGCAUGUGUCUAUCACUGGUAGUGACCGAAUCAAUAUUCUUGUCACUUUGAAUGAUAGUAAGGUGGAAAGUUUGGCCAAGUCCAUGAAUGUGGACUAUAAGCUCAGCGACGCUUCCAACGUGCUCUUCUUCCGCAUGCAACACUUGAAGAGAAUGUUGCCAGAAAUCUGUAUCAAGGGUUUGCCCAACAUUUCCCGUGCCGUCAUCAAUAUCAGAGACGACAGUAAGAAAGAGUUGUUGGUUGAAGGAUACGGUUUGAAAGAAGUCAUGUCCACCGAUGGGGUUGUUGGCACCAAGACCACCACCAACCAUGUUCUUGAAGUGUUUGAGGUGUUGGGUAUUGAAGCGGCCAGAUCCUCUAUCAUAGGUGAAAUUGACUACACCAUGAGUAAACACGGCAUGAGUGUGGACCCUCGUCACAUCCAACUUUUGGGAGAUGUAAUGACUUAUAAGGGAGAAGUAUUGGGAAUCACCCGGUUCGGGUUGAGUAAGAUGAGAGACUCGGUGUUACAGUUGGCAUCUUUCGAAAAGACCACUGACCAUUUGUUCGACGCUGCUUUCUACAUGAAAAAUGACAAGGUUGAAGGUGUGAGUGAGUGUAUUAUUUUGGGGCAAACCAUGAGCAUUGGAACCGGGGCAUUUAAGUUGGUUAAAACCUCCAAUGUCGAACCCCAGGCCUUACACCAGAAACCCACUCUUUUUGAAGAUCUCUGCCAAACGGCCAUUGCAGCUGCCUAA